ACCCAUGGCCACCGGAAGAUGGGCGCUCCAGCUCCUCUUCCCGCACCGCUCUCCCGCCCCUGCUCCUCGGCCCCGCGCCGCCUCCUCUCCUCUUCCUCCCGCGCUCCCGCCGCCCGCCGCCCGCCUCGGGCCGUCUCCGUCGAGGCGCCGGCGGCCGCAGCGAAGCCGGCGGUCGCGGGCGGGCCCUCCGCGCCGCCGCGCCGCCGCCUCAUCCUCCUCCGCCACGGGGAGAGCACCGCCUGGGGCCGCUCCACCAGAGCUCAUGCCUCUGCGUUCCAUCCGCUCGGACCUCGGCACGGAGCAGCUUCCCCGCGCGUGCCGCCUAUGCUGCUGCGGCGUGGUGCCCCGCCCUGCGCUCCGCGGGCGACAUCCGGAGGGAUCUGCGGGGGCGGGGGCUCCCCGCCGGCGCGGUGCUGCGUUCCCUUCCGCCAAGCAGCAUGCUUCCUGCGGCCGACCAAGGAGAAUAUUGGAAGGGAUCUCAGUUACCAGAGGAAAAAGUGCAGAUGGAGGCCAGCCUUUGCUUUGGAAACUGGUGGCCCAUCAAACACUGAUGGCCAAGACUUUGAUGAGGACAGUGGCUUCCUUGGUAGGACGAGGCUGGGCAGACUCAUCCAAGCUGCUGGAAGGGAGCUGCUUGAAAAGCUGAAAUCUGCCAGAACCAACUCCCCCACAAAAAUAUUCCUUGUCCUUCUUGGCUUCUACACAGCAAACGCCUUGGCAACAAUACUAGGGCAGACUGGAGACUGGGAUGUUCUUGUUGCUGGUGUUGUAGUGGCCGCCAUUGAGGGAAUUGGCAUGCUUAUGUACAGAAAACCAAUGGCCAGGCUUCCUGGCAGGCUUCAAUCAUUGAUUUCAAUGGUGAACUACUGGAAAGCUGGUGUAUGCCUAGGCCUUUUCGUGGAUGCUUUCAAGCUGGGUAGCUGAGUAUACAUGAUCAUCUUUUGUUAUCUGCCUACUAGUAAAGUUAUUGGUAUACUUGGAUGAUGAUAACACCAGGAUAUUGGUUCCGUGAUAGCCAUUGCUCAUUGCUCAAAUUUUAAUGUCAAUAUAUUGUGCUCAAAUUCUGGAAGAUACGGUUGCUGGUGAAGUUAUUUGAUUUCUUCAAA